AUGACCCACAAGAGGCGCAUGGCUCUGGUCGCACAAGCCUUCCUCUGGACCGGCUCCCAGAUUCCCGUCUACCUCUUUGGCGCUGUCCCACCGUACAUCUACAGAGACAUAGGAGGCGUUGACCACUGGACGUGGUUCGUCCUGGCCAACCUACUCUCGCUCGCAGCUAUCUGCCCUUUCGUCGGAUCCUUGUCGGAUCUCUUCGGUCGGCGGUACGUGGCUCUUGCGGGAGCUGCGCUAAUCGUGAUUGGAAUGAUUAUUUGCUCGCUUGCUCCUCACAUGGAUGCCUUCAUCGCUGGCAUGAGUAUCGCCGGUGUCGGCGCCGGUAUUGAAGAAUUGACCGCUCUGGCCGCGACGGCUGAGCUUGCGCCAACUUCACAGCGUGGCAAAUACGUCGCCGUCCUCAUCUUCACCAUCCUGCCGUUCUGCCCUUCGGUCCUGUGGGGCCAGCUGAUUGCGUAUCACUCGUCGUGGCGGUACAUUGGUUUGCUUUGUGCGCUGUGGGCGUUUAUUGGGCUCGUACUUACUGCGAUCUUCUACUUCCCGCCACCACGUGUGAACUCGGAGGGUCUAACCCGGCGUGACGUUCUCAAGCGCAUCGACUAUGUCGGCGGGUUUCUUUCCAUCACCGGCAUGAUGCUGUUCAUGGUGGGCCUGCAAUAUGGUGGAUACCAGUAUCCCUGGACAUCCCGCUUCGUACUCGCUCCGCUCAUCAUUGGCUUCUUGACAAUCGUCGCGUUUGUCGUUUGGGAGGCUAAAUUCGCCGCAUACCCCAUGUUUCCGCGCGGUAUGAACCAGGCACCACGCACACUCAUCCUCACACUCGUCAUCACCUUCAUUUCCGGUGCCAACUUCUUUUCUAUUCUUAUGUUUUGGCCGACCCAGGCGUACAAUUCGUACGGCCACGACCCCAUUGGCGUCGGUUUGCGCGGUUUGCCCGUCGGGUUGAGCAUCUUGACCGGGGCGUGCGUGGUUCUGUGGCUGCUGUCCGUUUUCCGCGGCCACAACAAGCUUCUUAUGAUUAUUUCCUCGGUGCUCAUGACUGCGGGAUGUGGUGCCCUUGCCGUGGCCUGCGUGGAUAACCUUUACCAACUUUGGGGUAUCUUGGUCGUUGCCGGGUUGGGCAUUGGUGGCAUCGUCGUACCGGCUUCCAUAAUGACGACUAUAAUCACCCCUCCACAAUUUAUUGGCACCGUCGCAGCGCUCACCCUUAGCAUCCGUGUCAUCGGUGGAAGCAUCGGUUACACGACUUACUACAACGUCUUCCUGUCAAAAUUUAUUGGUGCGGCGACCACAAAUAUUGGCGGCGUCAUGUAUCAAGCUGGGCUCACCGACCCGACCCUGAUCGGCGAGGUCAUACAGCUCACGGGCGCCAGCCUGCUCGACGAGAUUGGACAGCUGCCUGGUAUUGCAGGGAAUGAGGCGCUGCACCAGACCAUCAUCUAUGCUGGACAAGUCGCUUUCGCAGAGGCGUACAAGUAUGUCUACUUGGUUAGUAUCGCAUUUGGCUCGGUGUCCAUCAUCGCGGCGCUGUUCCUGGGAGACAUUGGUAAUUACAUGGACGACAAGGUCGCUGUUAUUAUGUAA